AUGAAUGAAUUCCCGACAAGGCCAGUUGACUGCUUAUGCUACCUAGUAACCCUAGCAAUCCUAGUUUUCAUUUCUCUAACAGUCGAUCUCCGAGGCCCACGCUGCUACAUCGAAGAAUUUUACGUCCCAGCCCUCGACCUUUCUCAGAAAAACCCCACUUCAAAUAAUAAUUCCAUAAUUAUUAAUCCUUGUCUCUUCUUCGAUCUCGCCUUCCACAACGUCUUGACCUACCGCAGCGUGUACUACGAAGAUCGUGUCAACGUCACCUUCUCGUACGGUCGAAGCGCCGUUGCGAGUUACGCGGUCCCCACCUUCUUCCAGGGGAAGGGGAAGACGGCCCACCGCCGGGAGGUGGUGGAGAGCCGUGGGGUGCCGUGGGAGACCGCCGUGGAGGAGGUUUUGAAUGGGUCGACGGCGGUUUUCCGGGUUGACUUGGCGGCACGGCCGAGGUUUAUGUUCUGGUUUUGGUAUUCGAAGAAGAAAAACGUGAGGAUCGGUGCUGACGUGGAGGUUGAUGGGUCCGGGAUGAAGGUGAAGAAAGAGUAUAUUAGGCUCGACUCUGGUGCUUCCCCAGUUGGGGUGGGGAAUUUUUUAACGUUUACGAGUCUUUUAGUUUCUUCUCAAUGUUUGUUCUAUUGA